GUCCGCUCGCCGGCGCCAUAUAUGUUGCCGGGCCGGGCGGUGCGGCCUGUGAUCAUGGCGCUGUUUCCGGCUUUUGCUGGUGUUAGUGAGGCUCCCGAUAGCGGGAGCUCCAGGAAAGAAUUAGAUUGGCUGAGCAACCCAAGCUUUUGUGUUGGGACCGUGCCAACUCCAAGCCAGCAAACUGAAGAGGCCACAGCGCUCGUUUCUGAAGGGUCACCGCUGACGAGGAGUCCACUGAAAUCAGAGCCUUCAGAUGAAAGUGACACAGACAAAAAGCUCAGACAAACAAGCAGAAAAAAGAAGAAAGAGAAAAAGAAGAAAAGGAAGCAUCAGCACCACAAGAAGACCAGGAGAAGGCGUGGGCAGUCAGGUAGCAGUGGAUCUGAGUCAGACGCUGAUUCGGAAAGAGACAAAUCUUCCAGAGGCAUUAGAGAUGGUAAAAAAGAACCAGAGAAGCUGAACCGGGAAAAUGGUGCUGCUGCGGAUGCUGGACGGCGCUUUGUUUGGCUUGAGGACAUUCAGGCUCUGACAGAAGAAACCUUCAGAACAGAUAAGAAGCCAGACCCUGCCAACUGGGAAUAUAAGUCCCUCUACCGAGGAGAUAUAGCCAGGUACAAGAGGAAAGGAGACUCCUGCCUGGGCAUUAACCCUAAGAAGCAGUGUAUAUCCUGGGUGGGGGCUUCCACGGUAAAGAAGCAUUCACACAAGCACGCCGAGCGCUACUUUACGAAGAAGAACGUGGGACUGAUGAACGCGGAUGGAGUUGCUGUCAGCAGUAAGGCUGAACCUCCCUCCUCUGAGCCACUGUCGUUUAUCCCAGUGAAGGGCCCAGAUGACGUGACUCCUCCUGUUAAAACCUGGCUGAACCCUCUGGGGGUUUAUGAUCAGUCCACCACGCAGUGGUUACAGGGACAGGGUCCUUCAGAGCAGGAAUCAAAGCAGCCAGUCGUAGAGCCAGACCGAGAGGACGUGCUUCUCAAGGCCAAGGUGGAGGAGUUUAACAGGAGGGUGCGGGAAAACCCUCGGGAUAUUCAGCUGUGGAUGGCGUUCGUUGCUUUUCAGGAUGAGGUCAUGAAAAGCCCUGGCCUGUACGCCAUCGAGGAAGGAGGGCAGGAAAAGCGCAAGAGGUCCCUGAAGCUCAUUCUGGAGAAGAAGCUGGCCAUCCUGGAGCGGGCCAUCGAGAGCAACCAGAGCAGCGUGGACCUGAAGCUCGCCAAGCUGAAGCUCUGCGCAGAGUUCUGGGAGCCCUCCACGCUGCUCAAGGAGUGGCAGAAGCUGAUCUUCCUGCACCCCAACAACACAGCCCUUUGGCAGAAAUACCUUUUAUUUUGCCAGAGCCAGUUCAGCACCUUUUCAGUAUCAAAAAUCCACAGUCUCUACGGAAAAUGCCUGAGCACCCUGUCGGCCGUGAAGGACGGCAGCAUCCUGUCGCACCCCGAGCUGCCUGGCACCGAGGGGGCCAUGUUCGCUCUCUUCCUCCAGCAGUGCCACUUUCUGCGCCAGGCCGGUCACGCCGAGAAGGCCGUCUCUUUGUUCCAGGCCAUGGUCGACUUCACCUUCUUCAAGCCCGACAGCGUGAAAGAUCUGCCCACCAAAGGACAGGUAGAGUUCUUCGAGCCCUUCUGGGACAGCGGAGAGCCCCGGCCCGGGGAGAAGGGCGCCCGGGGCUGGAGGGCCUGGAUGCACCAGCAGGAGCGGGGCGGCUGGGUGGUCAUCAGCCCAGACGAUGACGACGAUGAGCUGGAAGACGACGACCAGGAAAUCAGAGAUAAGACGCUGCCCAGGUGGCAGAUCUGGCUGGCGGCGGAGCGGUCCCGGGACCAGAGGCACUGGCGGCCGUGGCGCCCCGAUAAGACCAGGAAGCAAACGGAGGAAGACUGCGAGGACCCCGAGAGACAGGUGCUGUUUGAUGAUAUUGGGCAGUCUCUGAUCCGACUUUCCAGCCAUGAUCUUCGGUUCCAGCUGAUUGCCGCCUUUCUGCAGUUCCUGGGCGUGCCUUCUGGCUUCAGCCCUCCCGCCUCCUGCCGUUACCUGGCCAUGGAUGAGAACAGCAUCUUCAGUCACGGACUUUAUGAUGAGAAGCCAUUGACCGCCCUCGACCUUUCGUUUUCUGGCGUCAGCUGUGUCGGCCGCACGGACCAGUUGGGCUGCCGGCGCUGGACCAGAGGUCACAACCGGGAGGGCGAGGAGUUCGUCCGCAACAUCUUCCACCUGGUGAUGCCAUUGUUCUCCGGCAGGGAGCGGUCUCAGCUCUGCUUCUCCUGGUUACGGUACGAGAUUGCAAAGGUCAUUUGGUGUCUUCACACUAAAAACAAGAAGAGAUUAAAGUCACAAGGAAAGAACUGCAAAAAACUAGCCAAGAAUCUCCUUAAGGAGCCAGAAAACUGCAACAAUUUUUGCCUCUGGAAGCAGUAUGCACAUUUGGAAUGGUUGCUUGGCAACACAGAGGACGCCAGAAAAGUGUUUGACACGGCCCUCAGCACAGCAGGGAGCAGAGAACUGAAGGACCGGGAGGUCUGUGAGCUCAGCCUGCUCUACGCGGAGCUGGAGCUGGAGCUGGCACCAGACCUGAGGGGCGCCGCCACGGCCCGAGCCCUACACAUACUCACCCGGCUGGCAGAGAAUGGGCCCUACGGCCCGUACGCCGGGCAGGUCCUGCCCGUUCACAUUUUGAAGGCUCGGAAGGCAUACGAACGCGCGCUGCAGGACUGUUUGGGUGAGAACCGUGUCUCCAAUGCACCUGCCUCAGAUUCCCUUGACCGCCUCGUUAGCGUGGUCAAAUGCUUUAUGCUCUUCCAGUAUUUGACCGUAGGGAUCGAUGCCGCUGAGCGGAUAUACAAGGAGGUAUUUGCAAAACUGAAGGGCCCCGUUUCCCCCGAAGGCCCAGGCCCGGAGGACAGUGCCAGCCCCCAGGCCGCGAGCUGUGCUCUGGAGGCCGUCACACUGAUGCACACGAGCCUGUUCCGGUUCCACAUGAAAGUCAGCGUCUACCCUCUGGCUCCUCUGCGGCAGGCGCUCUCAGAGGCCCUGAAGCUGUAUCCGGGCAACCAGGUUCUUUGGAGGUCGUAUGUACAGAUCCAGAACAAGUCCCACAGUGCCAGUAAGACCAGAAGAUUCUUCGAUGCAAUCACCAGGUCUGCAGAACCCUUGGAGCCUUGGUUGUUUGCGAUUGAAGCUGAGAGAAUGAGGAAAAGACUGGUGGAAACCAUUCAGAGGGUAGAUGGCAGGGAGGUCCAUGCCACAAUUCCCGAGACCGGCUUGACGCACCGGAUCAGAGCCCUGUUUGAAAAUGCGAUUCGGAGCAACCACGGCAGCCAGUGCCCCUUACUGUGGCGGAUGUAUUUGAAUUUUUUGGUUUCCUUAGGAAAUAAAGAAAGAAGCAAAGGUGUGUUCUACAAGGCGCUUCAGAAUUGUCCUUGGGCAAAGGUGUUGUACAUGGACGCCGUGGAGCACUUCCCCGAUGAGAUGCAGGAGAUCCUGGACCUGAUGACCGAGAAGGAGCUGCGCGUGCGCCUGCCGGCGGAGGAGCUGGAGCUUCUGCUGGAGGACUAG